AUGAGAAUUAAUGAAUGGUACAACAAUUAUAAACUAUUAUUAAUGAUUAUCAGAAAAAAUAUUCUCUUUAUUACUCAAACGUUGCUAGUAUUAAAUAUAUUUCUAAUAAUUUAUUAUAUUGCUCAAAGAUCUGAACGUCAAAAGGAUAUAACAGGCCUAUCAUGGUCAUGUAGACAUCUACCAUAUAAUACGACAACAUCAUUGUGUAAUUCAUUUGCUACAUUCCGUGGUCCAAAACAAAAAGUAUUUUCAUUAUCGGUUUUUGGACCACGAGAAGAAUCGUCCUUCACACAUGAACGUAAUUUGGAUUAUUUAAAGUUAUUUUUUACUGAAGUUAAUGAAUUAUUUCCUAAUUGGUUGGUACGCAUCUAUUAUGAUGAUCAAAGUACAUUAACAUUGAAUGAUAUUAAUUUAUUUGAAUGUUUAUAUCCUUAUGUUGAUUUUUGUAAUAUUAAUCAAAUCUUACCAAAUUCACGCUAUGUAUCAGGUAGAAUAUGGCGUUUUCUUCCUAUUGAAGAUUUAUUAGUCGAUAUUGUUAAUAUUCGUGAUUUGGAUUCACCCAUUACAAAACGUGAACAAUUAGCGGUUAACUAUUGGUUAAAUAAUACUACAAAAUCAUUUCAUAUUAUGCGUGAUCAUAAACAUCAUCUAUCAGCAAUACAAGCUGGUAUGUGGGGUGUACGAAGAACGUCAACACAACCUAUAUUAUUAGAUAAAAUCAAAAAUUCAACAUUAAUUAAAAACUAUAAAAGUUUAAUGGCAGAUGAAGAUUUUCUUGCUGAUCAUUUAUGGAAGCGUAUACGUGACAAAAAUGAUAUUGUUGUACACGAUAGUUUUUAUUGUUUUAAACAUGGUGAAAAAGAAUGUUUAACAUUUCCGAGUGAAAGACCAUCAGAUAAAGAAAAUUGUUUUGUUGGGUGUUGGAGACCAUGUUGUUUAGAAUAA